CCCAUCUCAAAUGCUCCGGAAAUAUUUUAGACUGGAAAGGUUUUUGAGUUAUACCCUUGAAACCCUUGAGAAGCGCAGAAGGCUCAGCAAGAACUGCAAGCUCCUGGAAGAACUCGACUCCCAUGGCUCGCCUCCUCUCCCUAGCACGUAGAUCCCUCUACCUGAAAACCCUAGCCCGAACACCUCCGUUCAUCUUAUCAUCUUCUCGAUCAUAUAUAUCCGAGAUGCGCCGCUCCGCCUUCAAGGAAAACCUUCUCCGCAUCCUCCGCACCGAGAUCACAUACGAAUCGGAAUACCGUCCUCCCCUACCGCCGGCAACGAGCUUCGAUUCAUUCUCAGUGGAGGAUAAUCCGGGUGAGCAAUGGAUUCGGCUGAGGCGUAAGUACGGUGAUGCAGAAGACAUUAAGAUUGACGCCACCAUGUUCGACGGAGCUUAUCCUCCUAAGAAACCGCCGGCGGAUGGAGGGGAGGAGGAACCUCGAUUGCACAUUAGCGUUAUUGUGGAGGUAUCCAAAAGCAAGGCUUCGGAUUUUUUCCUGCAGUUUGUCUGCUCGGCAUGGUCCGAUUCUCUCGAUGUGGAGAAGGUCUUUCCAGUAUCCCGUGGUACCGCGGCGAUCAGGCCCUUCAUGGGACCUAAUUUUAAGGAGUUGGAUGAUGAGCUUCAGGAUGCAAUAAGGAGUUACUUGGAGGAGAGAGGGGUGAACGAUGAGCUUGCUGAGUUCCUACAUGAGUACAUGGCAAAUAAGGAUAAGUUGGAGUUUAUUCGUUGGAUGAGGAAUGUAGAGUCUUAUGUGAAGAAGUAGAGUAUUUCCUACGCAUCAAAUCGUCUAUAACGGGUGUUUUCUGCAAUACAGCAAUGCAAGCAGUAGUAUAAGAUCAAAGUGAAAUAUAUGGGCAUCUAACUGACAAAACUAUUUGGUUCAAGGUGUGGCAGAGAUCUUUUGUUGGUAAAUUGAUCAUCUGGUUGUGCCAACCGUGAUGUAACUUUAACAAAGUAGUACAAGCAUCUUUCACAGUUCAAGCUUUUGAAGCAGGGAGUUGGCACCACCUGAUACCUCAUUGCUUGUAUUCCAUACAUCUCAGUAAAAUUAUGGCUCCUCAAUUCUUACCAUUUGCAAAUUUCAUGAAGAAAUUUGCAUUACUUGGCAGAUUUUGCAUGAAACAGCAGAAUUAUGCCUGUAAAAGAACUGCUUGUUUCUUAUGAAUCUAUUUAGCAAUUUAUCUCUGAUGUUACUUCAUCUCCUCUAAUGAUUUGAUUGUGGCACACUUACAUGCAUUGGUUUGAAAGUUCGAAAAAUUACUU